AUGAAAACACUUGGUGGUCUGCAAAUUCAUGAAGUAUACAUUGACGAAUGUCAGGAUAACCAAAUCGUGGAUCUUGCAUUGAUCUUAAAGAUUUUUGAGCGUGCUGAUGCUAUUUUUUUAGCUGGAGAUAUAGCGCAAUGUAUUGCCCCAGGGUCUUCUUUCCGAUUCCAGGAUUUACGCGCCUUGAUGUAUCAGUGGGAACUCUCUCGAAUUCAAGCCAAUCACAAACAACGCAGCAAUUUAAAACCGAAACAAUUUGAGCUAAAUAUUAAUUACCGUUCUCAUAAUGGAAUCCUUCGGCUGGCUGCUUCUGUGAUUAAACUAAUCUGGGAAUUUUUCCCCAAUUCCAUUGACCACCUGUCAGAAGAACGUGCUGAGAUUGGUGGUCCGCUGCCUGUCUUCUUUGACGGGUUUCAAGAACAACAUUUUGAAGACUAUUUUGCACCACAAAACAUUUCUAGUAAUAAUAUCGAAUUUGGCUCCGAGCAGGUGAUUAUUGUACGUAAUAACGAAGCUAAAUCGAGAAUAAGAAAUCUAAUUGGUAACGCUGGACUUAUAAUGACAAUAUUCGAAGCUAAGGGCAUGGAAUUUGACGAUGUGCUGUUGUAUAAUUUCUUUUCUUGUUCACCUGCACAAUUAAAGGACAAUUCUGAAGGGAUUCAGGCCUUUUCUCACGAAACGCAUUACAUCCUUUCUUCAGAACUCAAACAUCUUUAUGUCGCAGUGACCAGAGCUCGACAGCAUAUAUUGAUAUGUGACGAUAAUGCUGAUUAUAGUAAUCCAAUUCGAAAAUACUGGGAUAGUCUUGGGCUGAUUAAAGUUAUCAAAAAUGUGAACGAAAUAAAAACUUUCUUUACCUUGGCUAAAAAGAGCACUUCGCACGAAUGGAAUCAACUUGGGAAAAACCUUUUUGAACAGCGGCUAUAUGAGCAGGUGAAAUAUAUUGCUUUACCAAUAUCAUGCAAUUAA